AAAAGUUCUUGGUCGUUCACCGGAUCGGGUCGUUUGAGUCCACGCUGGGAGGCAAAACCCCGACACUGCAGAGAACCAUGACGUUGAACCCCAGUGCCCAAGUCUUCAUCCCAUCAUCACAAACCCUGAAACUUCUGGAAGAGACCGCGUCUCCGGCGGUCGAUUCCGAAAAAUGUUCAGCGAGCAAAGAAUUCUCGCCGCCCCAACUCGAAUCGCUCUAUAUUGAUUUCUCCGAGAUGGAAGACGACGGGGAAUUACCCAGCAGUCGGCUACAAAGCGUCAGCGGGACUAUUGACUACACAAACUUCGACUUGCCGUUCUUCUUCCAUGACAUGAUGUCGGCAGACAGCGAAGAUUUUAGUAAUUAUUUGUCCGACCGCGCUGAAUACCUCCUUGGGUAUGCUGGCACGUCUCAGAUACAUGCUCUCGAAAUCGUCGACACGAUACUAGACACUGUUUUCAACUUAUUGCGGAAGAAUGGACGAGAGUUCAAGAGACCGCUCAAGUUGGCAGCUGAAAUGUGCGACAUGGAUAGGACGUUCUUGCAGAUGAUGCUGCAGCAGAUGCUUCGACUCCUCGAUUACCUCAGCAAUCCGCUCAUGCGGGAUCUCGCGUACUCGGUGCUUUUCGGUCUGAUGCUCAGCGAGCUUCACGUAGGGACCUGCGUUGCCCCUCCGGAAACUCCGAUGGGCUUCGCCGAAGAAGUGCGGGACCUAUUCUUGGCAUUGUUACAAGACAAGAAAUCCGUCAGUGCGGCUGUUUUUGCAAUCGAGCAGAGCGAAACCCAGUUGAAGAGCAUUUGGAACGCUCAACAAAUUGAGUGCAUUUGUUCGAUACUGCGGAGGAUAUCCGCUCGCUUCGCAUCCACGGAACUUCAUUACAAAUGUCUUGCACUACAGAAGAAGUUGCGUCAACAAACAUCCUACUUGUGCCUGAAGGCGCACGCGAUGCCUGUAGCCCAGUUGAACGAAGAAGAGGCUCGAGACUUCGAAGCUUUCCUUCUGGAAUCUCGGAGGGACUUCUACUCGUGCAGGGAUUGAGUGCUACUCUUAAAUCCGUGGUAGUAUUUCAUCGAACAGUUCUACGUCCAUGGAACGGAAAAGCAAUAGUAUCCCAUAAUUCUGCCAGUAUUCCCAAAGAGCGAAGAGAUCUACGAAGACGGAUAGAACCAAAACUGAAAAUCCAAUCUUUAAGAAAUCAACGUCAGAAAAAACGAUAGAACAUCCAUUCUCGUUGUUGACAUGUCUUAGCUAAUUUUGUCGUUUGGUAUGUAUGUACGUUGAUGUUAGCCGUUCCUAUCAAAUGUUUGUAAAUAUUGUAAGAACAUCAAGUGCGACCAAAAACCACGAGAAGCGAAGCGUUAGCGAACAGGAUUGGAAAGCAUACGCGAGAAAAACUUGAGCGAUAUUGGGGCAUCAAAUCCAAAAUGAGCGCUACCUUUCAAUUAUUUAUUUAACCUUUGUAUUCUUAUGGUCCACUCGAAUGGUGCACAGCAAAUAGACCGACUCCGAAUAAUAAACCUGGGUCUUGACCCGAA